AUGUAUGGUGGUGGAGUGAGGAGCGAGCUGGUGGAUGUACUGGUAGAAGAGGAGGAGGAGGAGGAGGAGGAGGAGGAGGAGGAGGAGAUGUCGCUCAUUGCUAGGGUGGUGGUGUCUAUCGCGAAGAGUCCGGUUGCUUCGGUUGUAGCUGCUGCUGCUGCUGCUGUGCAUUGGGAUGCGGACGUGGAUGGGGAUGUUGAUGAUGAUAGCUCGAGCGGAAUGGAUGCUGCUGCUGUUGUUGUUGCUGUUGCUGUUGUUGCUGCAGCUGUUGCUCUCGUCGUUCUGCAGGUCCAGGACCGCAUGGUUAGUGUUGUCCCCCAGACAGAGCAGGGGCAUGGCAUACGACGAAACCUGCGCUGCGAAUUGCGGUUCUGCAUCCGACGACGCUCGCUAAUCGCCGUGGGCGUCGGUAUCGUGAGCUCCAUUGUAUCGCCUGAAGGAAGUCCUCCGUUGAGGUUGGAUUGA